GCCUCUUUAGCCAGUUUCACGUCGGUAACAUUCAUUCUGCUAUUGAUUUUGUGAAUGAGGCUAAAGGGGAAACGAACAAGAAGUGUCAGAUAACUCUCUGUCCUGCGUCAAGCCGCGUUCGAAGCAGAAAUCGAGAUUAUUAUAUGUGUCGUGUAGUACUAUGUUUUUUUUUUCAAAUAAUGAAAAUUCCUUUGUUUCUCCUGUAACAUUUAGUUGAUUGGACUUAGCACCGCUUAGUAUUUCCUCCUUUAAUUGCACAAAUCCAAGGAUAUCUUUGUUACAGUAGGACUGAACAUAAAUAUCAGAAUUGAGUGAGGGUUCGGUUAUCGAUCACACAGAAGAAAAUUUUAAAUCUGUCAAGUAAUCGAAUGAGACUUUUCACCACUUGAGAAGUUUACUUUCAAAAGGGAACAUAUCCACUUGGGAAAAAUUUUCAGAAAGUAAAAAGAAACGUCGCUCCAGAAAUGAUGUUCUAAAAUGUGAACAUCCUAUUCCAAAAACUGAAGGCGUUACAUACAUUUUUAAUUUGGAUAUGUUCGAUGCAGCUCACCACACAGAUUCAGAAACGAAGAAAAAACUAGGAGGUGAAAUCUACAUACAAGUCUAAGAACAGGCUACCAAUGACGCAAGUAGUUCAGAUAAUACAUGAUGCCUACAGAGUCUUUAUGGACAAAAACAGUGACCCAAGGGUCAAGGAUUGGUUCCUGAUGAGCAGUCCCUUCCCGACCUUGAUAAUAUGUCUUUCCUACGCUUAUUUUGUUAAACGACUGGGACCCAAAUUAAUGGAAAAUAGAAAGCCAUUUGAGUUAAGGAAGACCAUGAUAUGCUACAACGCCUGUCAAGUAAUAUUCUCAUCGUGGCUCUUUUAUGAGGCAUUAGUCUGUGGAUGGGCAGGACAAUAUUCCUUCAGGUGUCAGCCUGUUGAUUAUUCCCAGAGUCCCAUGGCUAUAAGGAUGGCGAGAGGAUGUUGGUGGUACUAUAUUUCUAAGUUUAUUGAAUUCAUGGAUACGAUUUUUUUCGUCUUAAGAAAGAAGCAAUCCCACAUUUCCAAACUUCAUGUUAUCCAUCAUGGAGCCAUGCCGAUGUCUGUCUGGUUUGGUGUAAAAUUCACUCCAGGCGGCCACGGUACCUUCUUCGGAUUCUUGAACUCCUUCGUCCACAUCAUAAUGUACAGCUACUAUUUGCUAUCAGCCUUAGAACCUAAGUUUCAACCCUACCUCUGGUGGAAAAAAUACCUGACUGUUCUGCAAAUGGUGCAAUUUUUCCUCGUGAUUGUUCACGCCUUCCAACUUCUCUUCAUUGACUGCAACUAUCCCAAAGCCUUUGUCUGGUGGAUUGGAAUGCACGCACUAAUGUUCUACUUGCUAUUCAGAAAAUUCUAUCAAAUAAGCUACAAGAAAAAUCCAAAAAUUGAAAAAAUAAAUUGA